UCACCUUUUUGCUUUUGUUUGUUUUCAAACAGGUGUGAAAUUUUAGUUGCACUUCUGAGAGAAUCAGCCAGAAUUAUCAAGCUUAUUUAAAGCAUUAUUUUAUCAGAGGAAGACGUAAUAUAUAUUGUGCAUAAUGGCUGAAUCUUGCAUCACGCGGACUCCGUUUGCGUCGCUCAUAGCAACCAUCAUGUGUAUCAUUGGAGUUGCUGUCUUCCUGGGAACAAUGUAUGCAGCUGUCGAUGGGACAAUGGGCCUUGCAUAUCAGCAAUUUGGCAGUAGAGUGUCGUGGGUCGAUGUGCUGAAGUUUGUCAUGCUUGCAAUUGGUUGCGGGAUGGGUCUCAUGGGGUUCGUGCUGCUGCUGCUUGGAUUUCUUGCAACCGGCUCGACUAGAGAUGCUGUCUACAAAGGUUCCAAAUCACGCACUGGGGGCCGCUGCUGCCUCAGCUUUUUCAUGGUCGUCUCGUACAUUAUGACUAUUUGCUGGCUGAUGAUCACGUCAUGGAUGUGUCUGAACAUGUCCCUAUUCCUCAUCUUCUGGGGCUUCUGCAAACAAGAUCCAGAAGUCAGACCCGGAUGCCUCGACCUAACGCAGUUCCAUUACAUGUUCCGAAUGUUUACUAAGGGUAGAAUGAACGUGUGCGAUCAAAAUCUACAGAACUUCUGCGAGAAGUCGGAUGAGCUCUAUGGUCUCUACAUUGUUGCAUACGUCUCGUCCCUGGUUGUGCUGCUCAGCCUCAUUCAUUAUAUGAUCUGCUUGGCAGCGAACUAUGCCCAUGUCAAGGACAGCGAAAAGUUACAGGAGUGGGAAGAAGCACGCUAUCUGGAAGAGCAAGAGCUGGGAACUAUGUCUACGGAUCGAUAUUAGACGUGCAGGGAACAAGCUGGAAGUGCCACAAACGAUACGAGUGAACAUAGAGAUUAUAGUUAUAAGUGAAAGUAGCUUAGAUGGCGGCUGACUAGGCCCCUAAUUGAUGCCAAAUAGCUCCAUUAAUAGUUCACUGCAUUGUAUACAAGCCUCUGUAAGAUGAACAAUGCGGCAUCUCAUGAUAUUUGCUUAGGUGUGCCAGCUAGUGUCAAAAUGGCAGGUAACAUCUAUGUUCUCUCUACAGAUAAUGUUACUAUAUGCAGUAGUUUGGAGUGUAGGGACCCAGGAUUGACACAGCUAUACUAUAUAUAUAUAUCUCCCUACACAGUUGUCAGUCUAUCUAAGGGUCCUAGCAUGUCUGUAAGUGCAGCUAUCCAUAUAAAAUUGCAUUUGUCUACAAAGGCAGCUCCCUGAAUCUAUUUCACAUCUCUGUGUGACCAGUAUUUCUUGUAACAUUCCACACGUCUCCGUGGGCAGCUAUCAUUGAAACAUUCAUCGUGUUUUUAAGGCCAGUCCAGCAUUUUGCCGUCCCAAGUUUUAUUGUGACAUUCAUCGUGUUUUUAAGGCCAGUCCAUCAUUUUACCGUCCCAAGUUUUAUAAAUGAGUUUUAUUGUGACAUUCCUCGUGUUUUUGAGGCCCAGCCACCGCUUUACCAUUCCAAUAGUUUUACAAAUAAGCUUUAUUGUAACAUUUAUCAUGGUGAUGAAGCAAGCUAUAAGCCAUCAUGAUGGUAUCGUGUUGUUACUUUGACGUUGUUUUCUGUGUCUGUUGUGUACCGAGUUUCGCAUUAUUCAUCGUCGGUUUCCCUACUCCUUGGAAUGUGGUUAUAUUAGGCUGACUUUAGGAGCAACCACGUGAUUACUGCAGCCAAUCAUAAUGAACCUAGAUGUAUGUGUGUUAAUUGCAGGAAUUCUUUACAUUAUACACUUUUAUCAUUGUAUCUAUCAAAAAAUAAUUUAUAUCAGUAAAGCAGUGUGUGUGGACGUUGGAAAUAAUGCUCACCUAUAUAUACCCACGUCGACAUAAUUGAAGUAAUGAUAGUGGAUCAAGUCCAAGCUAGUAAAUGAUUUUAUACCCUGCUGUCAAAUUGCACUAUACAAACCAUGUAUGGCUUUACGAUAUACGUAUGUGUAGGCUUCUGUUUAUAUACUAAUUUUUAAAAUUAUUUGGUACGGUCACAGAAACAUCCGUAAAUCAUGGGAAUUCUUAAGAAAGUAAGGAUCUUUGUCUUCGUUUAUAUUAAAGAUAGUGUUAUAAGCAAAAACCACAGCUCAUUUAAAUAUAGAUGUCAAGUGGGUUCACUGUUGUCAUUUUUCUGGACAGAAGGAUACUCUAUUUGUCCCUGGUUUAUAUAGAAUUCCGUCCACACCUUGUCUCGUGUCACAUAAUCACUUGUAUUAUGAAAUGUUAUGCAAUAUAAUAUCAAUCUUAAGAGUACUUGUUUUGCGCACUAUAGCCCAAUCAUAUUUCUGUGUAUUUCGGCCGUUUGAGUGCUGAAAUUACAAUUACACCAUUGUAUGUAUAAAUUUGUUGUACUUUUAUAGUGAAAUAUAUCAUCUGUUAAUGGUUUUCCACUAACAGCUAUUAAAAAAAA